AUGGCUCCGUUCCAAGCUGGCGACUUCAUCACAUUUUCUGGGUUCCGACAGGGUGGAGAGGUUAUUGCUCUGAGUAUCGUUGCACAGAACGUCCAAAUCAACACUCUAGGCGAUGUUGUCUAUGUCAGAAUGGAGUUGGGCUUGCUUGGCAUAGACAAUCCCAGCCCGAAUGCAGAGAUCGCCGAGUCUCGAUUCAUCGGCUUCGUCUCCAACAAUCGUGCAACGGUCACUUUGUAUGCAAUGGACGUUGAUCCCUGCACAGGGGCCACCACCGAUCGUAUUGUCGCCUCUAUGGGGCUUCGGGGUGGCCGAAAUGCCCAAAACAAGUUUGAAUACCGUAACAACAUUCUCUUCCGGUACACUCGAGAGUAUCGCGUCACGGCUGAGAUUGAUGGCGUUACCAAGACGAGAGUGACGAAGAAUGGUAUCACCGCAGGGACUUAUGUGCAGCCCGUUAACAUCUGGGUUCCUGGAGAGCAAGAUGUUCCCGGAGUACCACCAGUCUCGUACGACUUUUCGCAAAUGGAGUUUUUGACCAAGGGUGUUGGCACUGAUGAUGAGGGCAACAUCUGGGGCCCCCUUGAACCUUUCCCGCAAAUCGGCGUGCUAAUCGAAGCUCCGGCAUGCACGACGGCUAGGGAACUUACAAUUGAGAAACGUGGUCAGACUGGGCGGUGGUAUGGUCGGGCCCGUGUCAAUGCCAUCUCACAGGCUGACAACGUUAAUACAACCGAGCCUGUGAUCAACGUUGCUCCCGAGGAAGCCAAGGCUAUUGCAGAGAAACAAGCAAAGAAAGAGGCUAUCGAUGGCUUGUCUUGA